AUGAAUCGGGCCAGCAGCCGCAACACAACAGCGGAUGUUAUUGGCAAGAGGCUUAGCGAGAAGCCUGUGAAGGAAGAAGACGAGGAUGCCGAUGAGGAAGAUGAGAGCAGCAAGCUGUACCACAUGGGCUUGGCAGCCAAGGAGGCGACCACCAUCCACCGGGGACGCUUCAGCUGGCUUUUUGCCGCAUUAAUGUGCUUCUUCAUCGUCGGAGCGUUUGUCUCUCUGGUGCUGAUGCUGCUUUCAUUGCGGAAUGACACCUUCCGCAUGAUUUCGGAGGAAGUUUCAUACAUUCAGGCGCCCAAUCCUCCUUGGGAGCUUCCGCCUUGGGGCUACGUCAAGCAGCCCAAUGAUGCACCUGAAAGGAAGAUCGGGCAGAAGUUUCGCUAUGCCAUGCCCCAGCUGAUGCUCUUCUACUCCUUGCUCUGUGGCUGCUUUGGGCUGUUCACCGUCGCCUACUUCUGUUCCGAGCUGCUGGUCCAGGACGUCGGCUCUGAAACCGUCAUGCAGAUGGGCGAGCUGGUGAAGAAAGGUGUCGACGUAUACCUCCUUCGAAGUAUGCCCGUGAUCUUCAUCGUGGUCGUUGUGGUUGCUUCCGUUGUCUACCUCACGGCCGGCGGCCCCUUCGUCAUCUCCAUGCUAGUCGGUGCGUCUAGCUGCAUGUUCUGUGCCAAUCUCGGUACCAACAUGAACUUCGAAGGUGGGCCGAGAUUGACGCAUGCCAUGAACUACGAUCUCCCUGGCUCCCUUCAGUUCGGCGUGCGAACCGGGGCCAUUGGAGGGCUGGGCGCGCAUAGCACUGCGCAGGUGGGUGUCGUGCUCGUCUGGAUGGUCGUCGGCGACGCAAACUCGUUAGUCGGCUUCGGAGCUGGUGUCAGCCUCAUUUCCUUCUACAUCCGCGUUGGCGGCGGCAUCUUCUCAAAAGGCUCAGACAUUGGCAGUGAUUUCGUGGCUGACCAAAUCACUGGUGGCAUGGACGAUGACAUGAACCAAGACGAGAUUUCAGAGAUGAAGAAGCGACUUGAGGAUUUGGAUGGCGAUGGGCAGAAGGAUGAGAAGGCGAUUGCAGCAGCCUCCUUGAUCAACCCAGAGUCCAACAUCGAUGAGAUGCACGAAAAUCAGUUCAUCACGGCCAAGGAGCUGGAAAUCAGGACGGAGAUCGAGCAGCACAUGGCCAAGACGCUGAAGACCAUGCAUCCUGUCAACUACCUGGACGCCAUUGGCGAGAACAUUGCAGACGUCGGUGGGACCUCCUCCGAUCUCUUCGAAACAAUGUCGCUGACACUGGCCACUGCUGUCAUCCUCGGGGCAAAGAUCCACAAGGUCCCAUACUUUGGCACGGCUCUACCCUUCGCCAUCAUCUCUACUGGCACAUUCGGCUGCACGGCGGUGUGCUACAAA